CAUCGCGAACGACACACCGAUACUGUAACCCAUCGACCCCCCGCAAUUGCGCCACAACCAUGUUUCCUAGGCGCAUUGUAGCGGCCCGCCCGCUGGCUCGAGCCGUCGUCCCCGCCGUAGCCCGACCACGACCCCAAUUCACCCAAAUCCGAACCGCUCUCACCGACGCUGAGAAGGCCCAGGCUGAGCUCGCAGACCCGAACCAAAACGGCGGCUACAUCAACCCUCCCGCUGAGAAGCGAGGAAACCGCGACCCGUACGGCGACUACUGGGACAAGCAGGAGCGCCGCAACUAUGGCGAGCCCUGCCACGAAGACAACGAUAUCAUGGGUGUGCUAGCGCUCCACGACUACAACCACUUCACCCCCCAAUGGGGCUUCGUCCUACUGGGCACCUUCGUUGCCUCUGUCUUCGGACUCUGCGCGGCUGUUGGUACCUUCUACCCCGACAAGCUCAGUGCGCCCAAGACGUACCCAGAUGGUCUGGAGGCGGAGCUAGGUGGAAAAGGUGCAUUGCUGGCAAGGAAGCCCGGUGAGGGCUGGUAGACUGUGUGCAGACCAAAUUGACAUGUACAUACCCCAAUGGAAUUCUCUUUGUCAACACAAUACCCGUUUCCAUCUUAGGCUAGUUUGAUUUUGAGUUCCAUCGCCAAUCUCGUCUCAAAAACUGAUGUAUUCAUUCCCUUUUUGGUUCAAUUGGACGUUGAUUCGAGGACCGAGAAUUCUUUCGUCAAUACAGCACUGUGCGCUGCGUGCGGAAUAAUACGUCUUGGGAUCCUCUUCAAGAGAAGCAUCCUACGACACCCACCCAGAGGCACCGUUUGCCACUACGUCAUCGCAGCAAUUCGGGAGCACACCCUCGUGAGCCCCAUGCAUCUCGCAACUCAUGCCCAGGUCAUGAAGGAACCCAAACUCCUACUGGUCACGUACUCGUUCACCCUUGUUGUAUGCUCGCUUUGUCGGUAACCGCCCAGGAUACUUGCCAU